AUGUCAGGAGGCGGCCUUCACUCUCUUGCAACCAUUAUCAAACGCCUUGAAGCCGCGACUUCGCGUAUCGAGGACUUAGCCUCCGGGAAUGUAUGGCCUCCUAAAGAUGACGAACCCAAAGCUGCCCCGGUUCCAUCCAGAGGUGCCAUUUCACCACCUCCACCACCGCCUCCAGCCCCUGCUGCUGCCCAAGAAUUACCCAGGAGCGUCAUUGCGUACGACCAAGUCGUAGUCGAAGGAAAAUUAAAGCCUUUUGUUGAGCUCACCAAGUUUGCUGGCCCGAACGUCAUUGAAACGGUCGCCCUGGUCGAGAAGCAAUUUGCAGACGUCCGCAGCCUUCUUCUGGCGAGCGCCGCUUGCCAGAAGCCCGAUGAUACAAAGAUCCAAGAGCUCAUAAAGCCACUGCAACAAACUAUCGAAGCAAUUAUUAGCUUGAAAGACAAGAAGCGCUCGGAUAGAGAUUGGUACAAUCAUCUUGUUGUUAUUGGAGAAGGAGCGCCUUCCGUAGGAUGGGUAAUCAAUCCCAAACCAGGACCCUAUCUCAACGAGGUCAAAGAUGCCGUGACUUUCUGGGGAAACAGAAUUAUCAAGGAGUUCAAGAACAAGGAUCCAAAACACGUAAAAUGGGUGGCAUCGUACAUUUCUCUCAUAGAGGAAACGCGCAAGUAUGUGGUCGAAUUCCACACGACUGGAUUAUCGUGGAAUCCAAGGGGUAUCUCUGUAGCGGAUUAUAGACCUCCUCCUGCCCCUGGCGCGGGUGGACCGCCACCACCACCGCCACCACCUGCGGUAGCCCCUCCUCUUUCCUCUGGUUCUGUCACUACUGGGGGCGCGGCCGCGGUUUUUGCUGAAAUCAAUCGGGGCGAGGAAGUCACGAAAGGCUUGCGCAAGGUCGACAAGAGUGAAAUGACUCACAAGAAUCCGGCUUUGCGAGCUAGCAGUGCAGUUCCAAGUGCGCCCGGUUCAACUGUGCCCAAGAAACCCGUUCGUCCUUCUAAGCCUCAAUCACUGAUGGGCAGGAAACCGGCCAAGUUCGCAUUGGAGGGGAAAGUCUGGAACAUUGAGUAUCAAGAAGACGAACGAAGCUUGGUCGUUGAAGAAUGUCAGCUCAAUCAAGCUGUGAACAUAUUUGGUUGCAAGAACGCAGUCGUUCAAAUCAAAGGCAAAGUGAACGCAGUCGCACUUGUCAACUGUGUAAAGACCUCGGUCGUCAUCGAAUCGGUAGUCUCGUCUAUCUCAGUGACGAAGUCACCAUCCUUUGAAAUUCAAAUAACGGGUAUCGCGCCUAUGAUCCAGGUGGACUCGACUGAUUCUGGACAGAUUUAUCUGUCGAAAGCGAGCCUGGGGGCCGAGAUCAUGACGGCGAAGUGUAGUGCUAUUAACGUCAGCAUUCCCGUUGGAGCUGAGGCAGACCCUGACUACGCCGAGCACCCUAUUCCCGAAAUGCUGAAGACGGUGGUCAAAGACGGACAGUUAGUGACGGUGGUGGUGGAACACGUUGGUUAA